UUCGCGUCGAGUUUGGUGGGGGACGGACGUGCCGAUUUUCGUCCGCGACCGGCGACCGCGUGUGAUUCGAAUCGAAAGUGACAACUGAUAGUUAUUCUCGCAUGUUUUUACCAAGUGAAGUUUAAAAAUAAUGUGAGUUUAUGUGAGCCCUGUUUAUGUUGGACUCGAGUUUGUUGAAGACUAACCAGCGCAGAAGCGACAAUGUGGUCGGGCAAGAAGUGUUCCGACAGUGCGGCGGGCACGCCGACAGCCGAGGAGGAGGUCAAGGUGGUGCUGGUAGGCGACACGCAGUGCGGCAAGACCUCGCUGGUCCAGAGAUUCGUGUCUGACACUUUUAUUGAGGCGUACACACCGACUGGAUUUGAGAAAUACGGGUACACGUGCACAGUCGCCGAUUACAGAGUCAACUUCUCCGUUUGGGACACGUCAGGGACGACAGCGUAUGACACAGUGCGACCGCUGGCGUACCAAGACGCCAGGAUCUUCAUGCUGUGCUUCAACGUGGCUGAGCCAGAGUCCCUUCACAAUGCUGCUGCUAAGUGGUACAGAGAAGUGCGCACACACGGCGGCUCAGCACCUGUGCUGCUAUGUGGCUGUAAAGCAGACCUGCGCCACGACAAGGAGACCGUCGCCAUGCUGUCCAAGCUCAGGUCGCACCCCGUCACUAGCGAAGAGGAGACCGUCGCCAUGCUGUCCAAGCUCAGGUCGCACCCCGUCACUAGCGAAGAGGAGACCGUCGCCAUGCUGUCCAAGCUCAGGUCGCACCCCGUCACUAGCGAAGAGGUCAGUACUGCAGCGAUAAGACUGCCUUUGGUAUUACGCAACAUAAGCUAG